CAGAUCGGCGGCGGCUCCUUUGAUCUUCUCCGCAGCAUAAACUGUGCGCAUUCCGUGCAUUCCGGACCGACUCGCUGUUUUGUUCGGGGCUACCUGCCCAGUUCCCCCGCUCUCCUCACAGGCACGCACACGUACAGCCCAGCCGCCAUUUUUCUGGACUUUCGCCACCGUUUCUUCCCCCGAUGAGUUGGGGAUCACAAACAAGGAGGACAGAGCGAACAUACUAGCGCUCGUGUCGGAGCUGUGCAUCCGAGAAGACAUUCCAGGGGGGGACGCUAAGGAAGGGGAAUCCGCCGCAUUACCCACAAUUCAAGAAGACGUAAAGUACCCGCCAGUAUCUGAUUGGGAUGCAAGAGGUUCCAACUGUUGCGAGAAAGGUCACUACAACCUGAGCAAGUAUCCAUACCUGUCUGAGGACAGCGGAAUGAAACCGCACCACUACGCACAGCAGCAACACUGGGGUUACCAACAGGGCGGGGCGCCUCUCGGUUACCAUGGCGCUGUGACGCAGCCUGACUCCGGGUACUCGACGUCGGUUGAGAAUCUGUCCAUCGAAGACAAAAGGACACUGCAGGAGCAACGUCGGCAAGAGCCGCAGGGACAGGAGCAGAGAUUGGACGUCACAUCGGAGUCCAGGAGCAAGGAACGCCUGCCAACGUACGAAGAAGCGAAAAAGCAGCUCGAGGCACAGAAACAACCGAGAGACGCGAGCCCCGUUAUUCCAGAGACGAGCUGCAUCGCGAGUAGACAGGUGACGCAGCAGACCAGCGCGUUUUACGUCACAGGGAGCACGAACGUUUCGAGACCGGAGAAACAACAGACAUUGAGUUCCAGUUCUUGGCCAAGUGGAGCCUGCGCCAAGCCCUCGUUAAGCGAACGCAUCCGGGACUUGACCACGGAAGAGGAAGGGGAAGAAUUUGGAAGAAUGCUGCGACAAAAGCUGCUUGCUGAGAGGCCGCCGCGGAGGAAAGACAAAGACGGCUGGCAAGUCACAGAUUUGGACUCUACCGACAUUCCAGAUAAAAGGCGGUCGAAAGAGAUUUGUCCCCAGAGACCGCCACCUCCGAGAAGUUACAGCCCACCCCCCUACAACCCCGCCCCCAGCCAGGACUAUGUACAACAACAACAACAGCAACAACAAACAACAAUGUCACAACAACAAACAGCAAGGUCAGCACCACCGCCACAACAGCAAAUUAGCCACCAUCUUGGGAACCCCAAGAAGAGUGUUCGUAGUAAAGAGGAAGACGUGGACUAUAAGGUGGUUGCGUACAAGAUGCAGCAGAUGGUUCAGGUGUUGUCAGACGAGAACAAGGCACUGAGAGAAGAACUGGAGGUGUAUUACAAGAGAGUAGAAAAACUGCAGAAGUUUGAGAUGGAGAUCAAGAGAAUAACGGACGCCCAUGACAGACUGGUCCAGUCCACCAGUAAGAGAGAAGAGUUGGAAGGUCAGAUGAGGACAAAACUCAACACUGAGAUUAAAAGACUACAGGACACCAACAGAACACUCAGAGAACAACUUGAGGAGUCCUGUCAUCAGCUCGCCCAAAGGCAGGCCAGUGCAGAAGAAGAUGCCAACUUGAGAAAAGAACUGAGCAGAAAAGAGACCUUAGUACAACAACUCAUAGCUCAAAACAAAGACCAGAUGGGGAUGAAGGCCAGACUGGAAAUGGAACUGACGGCGACCAACGCAACGUUAAACGACCAACGAUCGCACAUCGAGAUCCUGGACAAGGCUCUCUCCAACGCGCAGGCCAAUGUGUUGAGAUUAGAUGAAGAGUGUCGGAAGAAGCAGAUCUACGCUGACAGAGUGGAUAAGUUGCAGAGAGCGCUGACGGCACUACAGGCUGCAUGCGAAAAGAGAGAAGUGCUGGAAAAGAGAUUACGAGCCAGAUACGAACAAGAGCUGGAAACGCUACGAGCCCAACAGGGUGCCCAGGCGGCGCAGAAUGCUGACGAGGGCGUUUCGGAGUUGGACGGACCAAACAACAGCCACGUUCUGAUGGACCUUCUGAAGGAGAAGGAGGAGCGGAUCCUGGCGCUGGAGGCGGAGAACAUGAAGUGGCAGCAGAAGUACCUGGAGCAGAGCGCGCUGCAGCAGUGUGAGGUCGCCGCCGCUCCCGUCACCAAAGAGAGACUCCACAUUGAAGAACCAGAAAGCAGUGAAGUUAAAGCAGUUCCGAGAGUGACAUAUGAUCUACCAAGGCCGACAACCGUAGAAGCAAGGCUGAAAACGCUGAACAUCGAGAUGGCCCAGAAAGACGCCAUGAUCAGGGUCCUCCAGCAACAGUCGCAGGAGAAGGACACCACGAUCUCCGCGCUGGAGCACGCUCUCCAUCCGACCAGCCCGCAGCUUGCCGAGCAGCACCGCGGAAUGGAAACCCUCAGCCCUGCCAGAAUACCCACCAUCAACAGGCCUGUGUCCGCCACUCAGCUUAACAUCACGUCCGGCAGUAUGGGAGAUCUGCAGCAGACGAGGAUAUCCAGUUCCACCGGUGACAUCGUCCCAAAGAAGUCUCAGUCUGCCACAAGUUUGAACAGCAUGACCAGUAUCGGAUCAGCACAGGAUCAUUCAGAUUCCUCCUCAGAAGCUUCCAGAUCCGACAGCAGUAAGAGAAGCAAAGACGAGCGGCUGAGAGAACUGAAUCGGCAGAUAGCAGAACAGGAUUCUAUCAUCCGCCGACUACAGUCAGAGGCUGCCCAUAUUUGGAAAUCAUAGCCUGGCUACUUGACUUCUAACAGGCUGGCAAACUCACUGGGCCAAGACAGGGAAAGGUGUUUGCCAAGUAGAGGCAGUACAGCACUCCAUUUUGUUAGGAGACGUCAACUGAUCCUUCGAAAUGUCAGCUGUCACAGAGGAAGGUGGAAAAAACUUUUCAUGGUCCAUUCCAUUUCAAAAGUUGACGGGUGAUAUUGUUUUUAUUUUAUUGAAAGAGAUGGGUCCUUAGGAUGAUUUUCAUACAGGGGGACUAAUGGUGACAACCCCUACUUUUGAAAUGGAAUAGCCCUUACAUCAUCUUUUGAAGAAGUUUGAAUCGGUAGGGUGUCAGUGAAAUUUUGACGCUUCUUUUGUGAAGUGGCACAUGAGAAAAGUUAUUGAUUAUUUCCAUUGUGUUUUAGAAUCAUUCCCUUGUAGAUCCAAGGAAAUUCCACUCUUGUGCAGUAUGAAAUCCAUUAAAAUAGCUGCAAGUAUACUUAUUAAUCAACGUGUAAUAUUAUUUUGUAAAUAACUGUGAUAUUCUACUUUUGUGCAAGACACAAAUCAGCUGUCCCCUUGUUUUCUUUCUGUAUUCUUUAUUUAAUUUUUCAACAUAAAGGAUUAUAUACAACCAGAUGUACCACUGCUGGAUUGUAAAGCUAAUAUUUUUUGAUUUACCUAUGUGUAGAAUUACAGGGGAAAUGUUGGGUAUCUUUGUGUAAGAGGGUUAGAAAAGGUGGGAAAUAACUUGAAAUCCUGUAUUGCCUUACUAAACUGUAACCAAUGCCCAUAUAAACCAUCCAUUUAGUGCUGCACCUUUAUGUGUGUGUGAUGAAUUAUGAAAAUGAUUUUUGCUUUUAAGUAUGAGACACACACACUUAUUUCUGUUAGAAAUUAUAUUAGCGAAGACAACAGUUUUUCUUUGUCAGCCUAAUAUUAGCUUUCUUGUUUUAGCCCGUUGUAUUAUUUCAGAUUGGCAGGCCAAUAUCUAUCUUGGGCAAAAUAAGGUACUCGCGAAUAAAUUUUCAUUUGUAUUGAGAAUUCUUCAGGCAACAUUUCUCCCACAUCUUAUCUUACAUUCACAUUGUACUCAUGUCAAGCAUUUUUGAUAUCCAGUUAUUAACUUAAAAAGACAACACAGUACAUGUACUUGUGUAUAUGUAGGGAAUUCUGCAAUUGUAAUAUUUUGGUAGGCAAUACUUCCUGUAAACAUGUUUCUUAUGAUAACUAAAUUUAUACAUGUAUCAUCCUACAUAUCACUGAGACACAGAAAAAUGUUAAAAGUCAAAAUAUGUAUGUCUUGUCUACACCAUGAAGGAGGUAUUUUUUAUCAUUUGUACUUUAUUUUGUAGAUCUGUCACUAUACGAGUAGUAUGUUAAAAUGGAAGCCAGUUGAUACUGGAAGUAUGACUAGUGUAAAUGGAGUCAUGAAUGAUUUGAAGAAUGGGCAGAUAAAGUUAAGUGGAGAAAAUGUUUUGAAGAAAUGUAUCUAGAGGACAAUUUUGGGGUAAAGUUGAGAGGUCGUUCUUGAUGAAGAGAGAAGAUGAGUUGUAGAAGAGUGGUCUAUUUUUAUUUGUCGGUUGUACAUAUUCAAGUCAGAAUAAAAAAUGGUGACAAGGAGAGAGAA